AUGGCUAUUUUCAGAUCCAAAUCCUCCAAGAAGGACGAUUCUCACGAAGGAGAAGUUAGAUUUUCAAAACAAGACUUUGAUUCAUACAAAAUGACCACGAACAACAUGCACGAUCCGAUUUUAUCGGCCGUGAACGAAGCACAACCAUUCGAACAAGCAGCACAACAUGAUGCCCAAAGAAGACCAUCGUACUUAUCACAAGAAUCAGCCGAAUUAAAGGACAUCUUUGGAAACAACAUCAGACAAGCUGAUAUUUCGAAUCCAACCAGAUCAAGAAACGAAAGACCUUUGGACACGAUCCGGACGUUUGAAUACGCCAUCACAGGGGACCCUACUUACAAAGACCAAAUGGAAACACAAAGAUUAGGAUGGGGAUUCCAUGAAGACUUUUCAUACCACAAUAUGGGCGCCAGAGACGCGAAUGCUACUGGUACAGGAGAAUUUGAGAGACCUGUCAUCAACUUUGGUGCCAGUGAUGACCAAGGAGUGUACCAGGCCCCUAACUACAGUGCAACAUCGUUGCAACCGGAAGCUAAGAAGAAGAAGAAGGGGUUAUUUGGUCGUAAGAAGAAAUAG